AUGCUUGAAUCGCCACAAAAUGAAGUAGCAGGCACGCUCAACAGUGAAGGACAAAUCCCACAUGCUUCGAAUCCUUUCGAUGACCAGACUCUCAAGCAAUCACCAUCGAGUUUGCGUUCCAGCUCCCUUCCUUUCGACGGUCGACCAUUGAAGCCAUCACCGUCAAGCUCGCGUUCGAGCUCCCUCCCGUUCGACGGCCGACCCUUGAAGCAAUCGCCAAAAGGCUCGAAACCGCCCAUUCCUCCGAAAUCUCCUCUUCGCCCGCAAUCCUCAAUCCCACCGCUGUCAACAUCGGUACCUUCGCAGGACCUAGAGGCGGACGAUUCUGGAUCAGAAGGCACGAGCAUUAACUCCACCGGAACUCAGGUACAUCACAAGCCUUCGACAACCACGGAUGAGCAGCGUCUUGCAGAACAGGAUUUGCUUAGGCAGCUUGGGAUGAGGCUUUCCUAUUUCUCCGAUUUCGGUUUGGUUCCUGUGCCUGGAGGAGCCCGAGUCAACAACGAAGAGUCGUCAUCUAUUGAGCAAGAUGACCUGCGUCGAGUUCCAUCAGGCCCUGGCGAUAGUAAUGGUCAGGCCAAUCAGAUCUCUUCCUUGACUGCCACGGACUCGACCAAGACUGCCUCGCAACCUCAUGACAUUACAAGGAAAGCUUCAGUUGCUAGUGGCUUUUGCUAUGGGCAAUUUGUGACGAAGCUGUCGUACGAUGAAGAUGACUCCCCUUCUGUUGCUGCAUUGAAAGCAGUGGAAAGCCAGAAGAAGAAGUCUUGGUGGAAGCGAUUGACUUGGAUGCGGUAG